CGGCGGGGGUGCGGCCGGGGCCGGAGCCCUGCCCGGGGCCCGGCGGCUGGCCAGACAGGAGAGCGGCGGGCGAGGUCGCGUCUACAUGUGCGGCACAGCCCCGGCAUAGCCCGGGGCUGCCCGUGCCCGCCGCGCCAUUGUUGGGGGAGGGGGCGGCUUCUGAGCUCGGCGGAGUCGGAGGGCGAGCGGAGGCGGCGGCGGCGAGGAGUGGAGGCGCCCCAUGGGGAACUCGCUGUCUUGUUGCGUGUCCCCCAAUGCCAGCCCCAAGUUGGGCCGGCGCACGGGGUCAGCGGAGCCGGACUGCGAGUUUGAGGUCUACAAGGCGGCGGCCGGGGACGCGGUGGCAGUAGCUCCGGCGCCGGCUACCGUGGAACCCGCCGAGUUGGAUUUGGCAAGUGGCGAAGGCCACCACCUGCAGCACAUCAGCGACCGGGAGAUGCCCGAAGACUUAGCUUUGGAAUCAAACCCUUCUGACCACCCAAGGGCAAGCACAAUUUUUCUGAGCAAAUCUCAAACGGAUGUGCGAGAAAAGAGGAAGAGCAACCAUUUAAACCAUGUAUCUCCAGGGCAGCUUACUAAAAAGUAUAGCUCAUGCUCAACAAUAUUUCUAGAUGACAGCACAGUCAGCCAGCCUAAUCUUAGAACCACAGUAAAAUGUAUGACCUUAGCAAUAUAUUACCACAUAAAGAACAGAGAUGCAGAUAGAUCCUUGGAUAUUUUUGAUGAGAGAUUACAUCCACUCACACGGGAAAAGAUUCCAGAGGAAUACUUCAAGCAUGAUCCUGAGCACAAAUUCAUUUACAGAUUUGUUCAUACUCUUUUUAGUGCCGCACAGCUAACUGCUGAAUGUGCAAUAGUAACCUUGGUUUACUUAGAAAGGCUUUUAACUUAUGCUGAGAUCGACAUUUGCCCCACUAACUGGAAAAGAAUUGUUUUGGGAGCCAUUCUUCUUGCCUCCAAGGUUUGGGACGAUCAGGCUGUAUGGAAUGUGGACUACUGCCAGAUCCUCAAGGACGUUACAGUUGAGGACAUGAAUGAGAUGGAAAGGCACUUCCUGGAGCUACUUCAGUUUAAUAUUAAUGUUCCUUCCAGUGUGUAUGCCAAAUACUACUUUGACCUUCGCUCCUUAGCAGAUGACAACAACCUGAAUUUUCUAUUCACUCCUCUUAGCAAAGAAAGAGCACAGAACUUAGAGGCCAUUUCCAGAUUGUGUGACGACAAAUACAAAGACUUGUGUAGAGCUGCUAUGAGACGGUCUUUCAGCGCUGAUAAUUUCAUUGGUGUUCGGCGCUCCAAUGCCAUCCUCUCUUAAGGGAGAAGUGAGGGGUUGUAACAUCAUAAACCCCUCGAAACAAGGACUGGAGAAAUAUCACCUCUUCUCCUCAGAAACCAGCAAAGUUAGUAUUUUCACCUUAAAGAAAGACAUUGAAUUCAAGAGACUCAUGGACAAGCGAAGAUUAUGCUCAUAGGAAAGAACGGGACCUCGUCAACGUAACACGCUCUUCUGUCCUUUUUAUUGUAAACAGAGUUACAAAAACCACUCCAAAGCUAAAAGCUCCCACUCCACGCACAGAUAUCUGCUUACUGUGUAGGCCGAUAGCUGUGAACUAUGUGAGGUUUUUUAAUUAAUAGUUUAAAUUUUUAGACUUUAAAGACACCAACUAUAUAACUUUUAUGUUUUUCCUGUUUUUCUUGCCUCACUGUCCCAUACUGCUGCAUAUUCCUUUAGAAUCAGUGCAGUAUUACCAUUAAAAAAUGGGACUCCUAACAACUCACAAAGCCAAACUUAGGAACAGACUGUUGUAGCAUCGUUAGGUUUUGAAGGGUUCUUCCUCCCUACUAUAUCAUUGAAGCUGCUAGUCAUUAUUGGCAAUCAAUUUAAACCAAAAAGCUGCUGAAUAACACUUGUCAUCCAAAUUCUUUGCAGGCAGUACUUAUUAGCAUAUUAGCAUGUUUGGGAUCAUAAACAGAGAAAGUAGGUUAUUUCCUUCUGUUGGGUCCGUGCUGCAUUUCUUGUUAACUGUAAUGGUGCUUCUGAUUUUGUGAUGAUUUUCCUCUUUGUUAAAUACUUGUAUUAAAGGAUAUUUUCAUAAUUCCAGCCAACAUGGUGGUCCAGUAAUUAACAAGCCGGUAAUGAAAUAGAAGGUGUCCCAAAAGUCUUAGUGCAAUUUUAACCUUUAAUA